UAACUCGCUCACCCGCACCAAGGCUAGUCUCCUCCAAUUAAAAUCGACCACAUGCUGUGACACCAGUUUUAGACGGAAUUUGUCCCUACCAAUGAACGCCUCGUGAAGUGGUAUAAUUGCGGGCCCACGGUGUACGAUGCUUCGCAUAUGGGACAUGCGAGAAAUUAUGUUACGCAAGAUGUUCUGCGGAGGAUAAUGACAGAUUACUUUGGCUAUGGUGUCCAUUUUGUCAUGAACAUCACUGACAUUGACGACAAGAUCAUUAUCAGAGCCCGCCAGAAUCAUCUCAUUGAGCGAUUUAGACAGCAACAAAAGACCCUUACGCCCGGCCUGCUGGAUAUUGUAUUGACAUCCUGGACGAGCUAUGUCCAUGCGAAGGUCGCGAAGGGUCUUCCCGAGAGCGAACGGCCUGCAUCAGGAAGCGAGCAAGAUACGUGGCCACAUCUUGUCUCCCGUUUCCAGAGCGAGGACAAAUCUUGGAAGCUCGAGUGUUUGAAGCGUGACGAAAAAUUCGAAAUGCAGUUCACGGCCGCUAACAAAGCGUAUAACGCCAUCCAAAAUUCUCGCCAGGCUCUCCAAAAUGGGCAGGCGGGAGAAGAGACUGCUCAGGCGUUGGUGGAUGAAUCCCGAGAUAUACUCGCCCUGACACUAGAUAAGGAGCAAGGCUCCACCGUCAAAGACCACUCCAUCUUUCGUUCGCUGGCCGCUUAUUGGGAAGACCAAUUCUUCAAGGACAUGCGCCGACUUCGGGUCAGGGAUCCGGAUAUGCUCACACGCGUAACUGAAUACGUACCGGAGAUCGUCUCUUUCGUGGAAGGCAUCAUCAAGAACGGUUACGGUUAUGUUGUCGAUGGAAGCGUGUAUUUCGAUACAUGGGCCUUUGACAGUGCGGAGAAUCAUGACUACGCGAAGCUCGAACCAUGGAGCAAGGGCAAUAGAGAGCUCCUGGAAGAGGGCGAAGGGGCGCUCUCCGCUGCGACAGGCCGUCGUUCGGCUGCAGAUUUCGCCCUGUGGAAAGCAUCCAAGCCCGGUGAACCCUCUUGGCCCUCGCCAUGGGGUCCUGGGCGACCUGGCUGGCACAUCGAAUGUUCAGUUAUGGCGUCUGCUAUCUUAGGUGACAAUAUGGACAUCCACUCCGGUGGUAGCGAUCUCGCAUUUCCCCACCAUGAUAAUGAGAUGGCUCAGUCUGAGGCGUAUCAUAACUGCUCAUCGUGGGUCAACUAUUUCCUGCAUACCGGCCAUCUGCACAUCGAAGGACUGAAGAUGAGCAAAUCCCUGAAGAACUUCAUCACCAUCGAUGAGAUCCUGCAGAAGUAUACUGCGCGUCAGCUCCGUCUUGCAUUCUUGACACAAUUCUGGAAUGCAAAGAUCGACUUCUCGGAGUCUCUGAUGGUGGGAGAGGUUCGGAACAUAGAAGCGUCCUUCAACAACUUCUUUACAGUCGUGAAGGCUCUCAUGAGCCAGGCACAGGCCGAGGGACCCCGGUUGGAUAGCGCACAUCGCUUCAAUGACCUCGAAAAAGAGCUCACAGCCAAAUUCCAUGAAGGCCAGGCGAGCUUCCAUGCUGCGCUUUGCGACUCGUUCAACACACCGGAUGCCUUGAAUGUGCUCCGAGACUUGGUGUCACGGACUAACGUAUACAUCAAUUCACGUGGCGCAAAUCUCGAGAUUUCCGUUGUGGAAAGGGUCGCACGUUGGAUAGGACAGAUGCUCCGGAUGUUUGGGCUGGGCGAAGGCGAGUCUACAGAGAUCGGCUGGGGACAGGAUGUCUCAGGGGAAGCAAAUGUCAACCGGGAGGAAAUCUUGAUCCCCUACCUCAGGACUUUGUCCUCGUUCAGGGAUGGCGUCCGCAAGGUGGCCAUUGCGAGAGGGGACACCGCGCUCAGGGACAUACUGGCACUCUGCGACAAGCUCAGGGACGUUGACCUCGUGCCGCUUGGCGUAGCACUUGACGACCAAGAAGACGGCAAGGCUCUCGUGAAGCUCGUCCCGCCUGCGGAGCUCAUCAAGGCCCGUGAUGAGAAGCGGGCUCAGGAACAGGAAAAAGCUGCUCGCAAGGCUGCCGCGGUGGAGGCUGAGCGGCAGAAACGGCUGAAGAAGCUGGAGAAGGGUCGUACUCCCCCUCAGGAAAUGUUCAAGCCGCCUCAUGUCCCCGAGGGGACGUACACCAACUGGAACGAGGACGGCCUGCCGCUUACGGACAGCGAGGGUAAGGAGCUUAGUAAAAACAAAGCGAAGAACGUCAAGAAAGAGUGGGAUGCUCAGACGAAACUCCACGAAGAGUUUCUCGCUUGGCAAAGAGAGCAGCAGCAAGCAUGAUGCGGGUAUCCUUACAUGUCUUCUUGUACUCGUUAUGCCUCGUACUACCAAUUACAAGCUUCUACGAUAAGCUCUGCAAUCUUCUCGAGACCAGUCCUGUCUUCUUCUGUGAAUCCGGCCAAUGCGAGGCAAUCGAGGUCGAGAACACCAAGAGCAACGUCCCCUUCUUCACGUCGCAGCACCAAAGGGCACACAAUCUCGCUCUUGGUCUCGCCGUCGCAAGCAAUGUGGCCAGGGUAAGCAUCGACGUCGGUGACCAGGGUGGUUUUGCGUUGCAUGAAGGCGUCCGCGCAGACACCUCGUGACUUUCCCGGAGUCACAUUGAUGAACUGGCAGGCAGGCUUGCCGCAGAAUGGGCCAAGCAAAAGUAUGUCGUUAGAUGCAGGGUCCGAUGCGCUCUCUUUCGAGGCUAUCUUUGGAGAGGGGAAUAAUGAGGAGUGAAGAUAAAAUCCUGCCCAGUUGACCAUUCUUUCCUUAUCUCCGAAGUGCUUCGGAUAUGCGAGCAAAGAGUUGUAAAUUAACGACGAGGUGUUCGCGAGGUUGGUGACCCAAGACUUCUGGCCGUCCAGCAGCGCAACCAGCUGCUCAUACACAUGUUUCCAGAACUGUAUCUUGUCGAGCCCUUGAGGUACAAAAGCAGAGUCAGCGUGUGGCAUUUU